UGACGGUGUCUUGCGUUUUCUUAUCGAACUAUUCAUACUCAGCUCCUCUCUUUGCUCCUUGAAAAACAUGCUUGAGAGAGUGCUCUCGACGCGCAGACCAACGCAAUUUAGCGAAGAAGGAGAUGAAGAUGACGAAUCGAAGACGAGAAAGAACGUUACCUUUGCCAUGAGAGCGACGAAGCAGAUGAGCAAGAUUGGGUUUCUAUGGCCAUUCCUCCUUCUCUUUCUUCUCCUUCUUGUUAUCUCUGUCGUUUCCCAUUCUCGCAACAUUGUCUGUGUCUCUUCGUAUGGUACCGAAUCCUAUUCUCGGAUGAGCUUCUUCGGCAUUGACGGCCUUGAUUCUGAUUUCGGAUCCCUCGGUGUGCCCUGGUGCAGAUCGAAACAUGGACGAACGGUUGAAUGGACAUCAAAAGACUUGCUCCAGGGCUUGGAAGAGUUCGUUCCAAUCUAUGAGACCCGUCCAAUCAAAAACAACAUGUAUGGAAUGGGAUUCGACCACAGCUUUGGCCUUUGGUUCAUUGCUCGAUGGCUGAAGCCAGAUCUGAUGAUCGAGAGCGGUGCUUUCAAGGGGCAUUCCACUUGGGUUCUCCGACAAGCAAUGCCAGACGCACAGAUACUGUCGCUUACACCCCGGCACCCGGAGAAAUACCUGAAGAAAGGACCCGCUUAUGUUGACCCAAAUUGCACGUACUUUGCUGGAAAGGAUUUCAUAGAUUUUGGAAGUGUCGAUUGGGAGAGCGUUAUGAAGAAAUAUGGGAUUACUGAUCUCAAUCGCGUUCUGGUCUUUUUUGAUGACCAUCAGAAUGAACUAAAAAGACUUAAGCAGGCACUGAAAGCGGGCUUUCGACACCUUGUCUUUGAGGAUAACUAUGACACUGGAACUGGCGACCACUAUUCCUUGAGGCAGAUUUGUGAUCAAUUCUACAUAAGAGGUGGUGGCCACAGUUGUUUUGCAGAUAGUGAUGAAGCUAGGAUUAGGACGAAAAGAAAGAAGUUCUGGGAGAAGGCUGUAGACAUAGAGGAACUAUGUGGACCAGGGGAAGCAUGGUGGGGUGUAAGGGGGCAGAUGCGGGAUGAUUUCAACCAUAGCAAUAAGGCAAUUUCUUAUGCUGAACAUUUCCAGAACAGCAGGUUUGUGGAAUCAGUGCUAGAUGUCUACUGGGAACUUCCUCCGGUGGCAGGUCCUUCCCUUACUCAUCAAACAAGAUAUGAUCCCGCCCGCGUGCAGACUCCUCUUGUUGAAGAUGGAAGAUUUGGUUUUUUCCAGAGGCUUGGUUUAACAAGGCUUGAGACGUCUGUAUUCAAUGGGUACACUCAGAUGGUGUAUCUUGAAAUAUCUCAGCCUGGGUCUUGAAUCUACAGGAUUAAAUGACAAAAUUUUUCUAGCUACCUGGUGCAAGGAAUCCUAGGUCUUGAUAUUCCACAUUUUUCUUGCAUCGCACAUGUGAAGUUAGAAUGUUGUAUACAUACAAAUUUAUAUUUUAUUUCAAUGGAUUCAGGGUUUCACAAUCAUUUCCUGGUUUAAUGUUGCAAAUGAACAUUUUAGUUACUGACCAUCAAAAGAGCUUUUGAUUGCCUACUGAAAUGAAGUCUUCUGCUUGAUUAGCCUCUCAA